UCGUCUGCUCACCAACCGGUCUAAACAAAAUAGGCAACUUCUUAUAGACUGUGUAACGUAGCGGACAAUUUAGGAACACAUUUUUGUUUUAACAUGUUAUAAGCAGGCGUUCCACGAAGGCUUACAUAUAAAGCAGACAUUAUAAAGUCUUGCCUACUUUCUUUGCAGAGAUCUCACAAAAUUAGGUUUUUAUGGACAUUUCUAGUUAUUGUGUAACGUGGACAAUUUUAUCAACCGAAGACAAACAUCUUUCUCAAGGAGGAAAAAAAAAAACAACACGACAUUUUCUUCAAGACGACAAAACUUUCUUCUCAAGCGGCUGUAUACACCAGAAGACAUUACACCAGAACGAGGCUAACUAGAAAUUCAAUGACCCUUUGAUCCAAAACUCAACUUUUACAAACAUGGCUGCCCAACACUGCACUGGAUUUUUAACCUUCACACUGCUACUGGUGACUCUGUACUCUACCAAAGCUGAUAAAGAGCAGAACAAAAUGUUAUCUCUGGUCAAGCCCACUCCUGGGAUAGGAAAACAGAUACUACGUCUGCGGUUCCAGAGGCGGGUCAGCCCCAAGUUCGGACAUAACUUCGUAGGGAAACGCUCUUUUGGACAUAACGUCGUAUGGAAACGCUCGAGCGACUUUGAUCCCACCAGGGAAGCCGACCUCGACCACUUGUCAAUAGACUCGCGGGCCGCGAGGUUCAGCCACAGCUUCGUGGGGAAGAGAGCUGAAGAUCUCCAGGCGGACGAGUUUCUCCGGGAACUUCUCGAGCGGCAGACCAUCGACAAGCUCAACAACAACGACGAUGGGGACGUGGACAUUGAGGAGAGGGCGGGUCCGGGGUUUCCUCACAGCUUUGUUGGCAAACGAUAUGAUGGAGGCGAGUCCUCGGAGGACGAAUCUGAGGACGACUUAAGCGAGGACAAACGCGGUGCUCCCAGAUUUGGGCACAGCUUUGUCGGAAAGAGAAAUUAUGCCGUCGGCAUUUUAAACCGACGAGGCCCAGUCUUUGCACACAACUUCGUUGGGAAGCGAAACAGCGACGACAUCGGGAAUUUCCUAGAUCUAGAACGGAGACGCGUGGGAUUUUCCCACAGCUUUGUAGGGAAGCGCGGGCCACCUGAAGACUUUGAGACAAAGCCUUUCGAGCAGCAAGACGUCUCUGAUCAUUACUUGGAAAAAAGAUCUGCCUCAAUCAGGAAUAAAAGAUCUCUGCGGCCAUCGUUUGAUCAUGCCUUUAUCGGUAAGCGUGACGAUGACACAUUCGAUGAAGAUAUUCCUGUCGACGAACGAGCAACGCCCAGAUUUGAACAUGCCUUUAUAGGUAAAAGAGCGCCAUCAUUUUCUCACAGCUUCGUGGGAAAAAGAGCACCAGCUUUUUCUCACAGCUUCGUGGGCAAACGAGCACCAGCUUUUUCUCACAGCUUCGUGGGUAAAAGAGCACCAGCUUUUUCUCACAGCUUCGUGGGAAAAAGAGAUGAAGCUGUAGAUUCAUUAUUAGACGAUAAUGAUGACUUUUCUGUAGAAGAUUUUGAUGAGGAUGUCGCUAAAAGAGCGCCUAAGUACGCUCAUGCUUUUAUUGGUAAGAGGGAAGCUGGAACCGAACCACGUUUGGAAGAUAACUUGGACGAUUACGAAGAGAAAAGAGCAUCCAAAUUCAGCCAUAGUUUUGUUGGUAAACGGGCACCAGGCUUCAGCCAUAGUUUUGUUGGUAAAAGGUUACCAGGGUUCAGCCAUAGUUUUGUUGGUAAACGGGCACCGGGGUUCAGCCAUAGUUUUGUUGGUAAAAGGUUACCAGGGUUCAGCCAUAGCUUUGUUGGUAAACGGGCACCGGGGUUCAGCCACAGUUUUGUUGGUAAAAGGUUACCAGGGUUCAGCCAUAGUUUUGUCGGUAAACGGGCCCCAGGGUUCAGCCAUAGUUUUGUUGGCAAACGCUAUCCAUCUCUAAAUGACUUUAGCGACAACUUUUUCCCUCUAAAUGAAGAUGACGAAGCAGAAAAACGAAGCAUGGGGUUCAGCCAUAGCUUUGUUGGUAAAAGGUUACCAGGGUUCAGCCAUAGCUUUGUUGGUAAACGCGAUGACCAAGACGAAGCUUUAGAAAAACGCAAAAGUUUUAGCCAUAGCUUUGUAGGCAAACGCGAAGAUCUAGAAGACAUGGAGAAACGUAAAAUGGGCUUUAGCCAUAGUUUUGUGGGCAAGCGUGACGCUUUAGGCGAAGAUGUUGUAAAGCGUAAAAUGGGCUUUAGUCAUAGCUUUGUGGGCAAGCGAAUGGGAGACAAACCCCUCAGUAAAAAUCUAGAACAGUUUUCCAAAUUUGAAUCCAGCAAUUCCAUCAGUAGCAACGAAGCCUCGUCCGAGCGAAUGGCGGAUCAUCCAAUCGGAAACAUGGAGGCCCAGUCGUCUGCUAGCAGUAGCAAGGAAACUUCCAGUACAGAAGAGUCCUCCACGUGAUGUUGGAAGACUUUUUGUGUAAUUUAACCACAAAAUAUUUUGUUGAACGCAAACAAUUUUGUUCAGUUUGUUAACUCUGUUUCCACAUCCCCAAACUUUUUUUUUCCUCAUGCAGAAGCCACGUGGGAGAGCAUCACGGGUAAAAAAAAAAAAAUUGGCGGGAAAAUAUGUUUUAAAAUAAAUUGGGGGUCCAACAAAUGUAUUUUAAUUUUGAAAUGUAAACAUUUUUAUUUGACGAUCUCGACAAAAAUUGUGAUACAGUCCUAGCUCAAAGAAAUAAAAUGACACAUCUGUAAUAAACUUG